AUGGACAGUACACAAGAGGGAAAUAUUGAGAUAUUGGGAGCCAUAGAGGGAAGAAUUCAGAAGCCAGCUUGGUUGGAAGCUCUUUAUAGAGAGAAAUUCUUUGUGGGUUGCUCAACACAUGAGAGUGCAAAGAAGAAUGAAAAGAAUAUUUUGUGUUUGGAUUGUUGCAUCAGUAUUUGCCCUCAUUGUUUGUCGUCUCAUCGGUUUCAUCGGCUUGUUCAGAUUCGUCGAUAUGUAUAUCAUGACGUCGUUCGAUUGGAAGACCUUGAGAAGCUCAUAGAUUGCUCUAAUGUUCAGGCCUACACCAUUAAUAGUGCUAAAGUGGUGUUCAUCAAGAAGAGACCUCAGAGUAGACAAUUCAAGGGAACUGGAAACUACUGCACUUCAUGUGAUAGAUGCCUUCAAGAACCUUACAUUCAUUGUUCUCUAGGGUGCAAGGUGGAGUUUGCAAUGAAGCAUAAUAAUAAGGACCUCUCUCCUUACUUGAGAAAUUGCAAGAUGUUACAACUUAGUCCAGACUUCAUGAUACCUCAAGACUGCAGUGCAGGGGGAGAUGAUGAUGAUGAUGAUGAGAUGACGAACGAAACGCCGCAUUCGUCGGUAGUGGACUGUGAGGAGGAGGCAAUGAUGAUGAGUUCAUCUUCAGGAUCUUCUUCAGGGGGGUGUGAGACCAUUAUUAGUAAUAGUAAUAGUAAUAUGGUGGUGGUGGUGUGUAGUAGUGAGUUUGUAAGGAAGAAGAAGAGGAGUACUACUACUAGUAGUGGUUUGUAUGUGUGUGGAAGGUCUGGUAGUAGAGUUUCAGAUGAAGAAGACAUGGCUACAAGCAUGAUCAGUAGAAGAAAAGGGAUACCUCAUAGGUCUCCUAUGUGUUAGUCUAAUUAACUAUUUACUAUUUAGUUAUUACUUAUUAGGGAGGAAAUAUCUUUUAUGUGUUCUUAACUGACUUCAUCAAUUAUAUUGCCUUAGCUUC